AAACAAAACAAACAUAAUGUGUGAAAUUCUAUCUUCAGUCUUCUUCUUGCUUGCUUGGUUCCCAGCCCUUCUCUUCACCCGGGCCCUCCAUCUUAUCGAAUCUUGAUUCUUCCCGUACUCAAUUGUUAGCUAUUUUUAGGUUUUUUCGGUUAUAUAAAUGAUGGGUUUGAGUUUCUUGGGGUCUCAUCCAUGUCCCAGCUGAUGACAGAAUGCAACUACUUAUGUGUUUGUUCUGAGGAAUUCAGAAAGACUUGAAGAACUGUUCCUUAUUCUAUCAAUGCAAGCUGUUUAAUGGUCUGUGGUUUGGGUUUUCUAGCCGUAUGGGUUGUUUAGCCCCGAACUUAUUUUCUAUGGCCAGCACUAUCUGCAUACAUGACCAGAAACUUUUGAGCUUCUUUCACAGGCCUUUGUGGAAAAAUCCAUUCUUUGGGCACAAUUCAACUUUUAGGUGUAAAAAACCCCAUCUUUGUCAACUGUUGAUUUUGAGUUGCAUAAAUGAGGGUGAGAAUCGUGGGAGCAGUGUGAAAGGGAUAGAGAAUGCGAAAUUUAAGUGGGUUAGGGCAAGUCCCAAUUUGACUGAGGAACAGAAGCAGGUUAUUUCCCAAUUUCCAACAAAGAUGACGAACCGGUGUAAGGCAUUGAUGAAGCAAAUUAUCUGCUUUUCAGCCGAAAAUGGGAGUCUUUCGCAUAUGUUGGCUGCUUGGGUUAAGAGCACGAGUCCUCGGAGGGCUGAUUGGCUUUCUGUUCUCAAAGAAUUGGAGCGGUUAAAUCAUCCUCUGUAUUUUGAGGUGGCUGAACAUGCCUUUACUGAAGAAUCAUUUGAAGCUAACGUUCGUGAUUAUACCAAGAUAAUCCACUGUUACGCAAAGGAAAACAGAUUACGAGAAGCUGAAAAUGCUCUAACAGCCAUGAAGAGCAGAGGUUUCGUCUGUGAUCAGGUGACCCUGACUGCCUUAAUUCACAUGUAUAGCAAGUCCGGUAAUCUCAAACUCUCUGAAGAUACAUUUGAAGAAAUGAAGUUGCUUGGUGUACUAUUGGAUAAAAGAUCGUAUGGUUCAAUGAUCAUGGCCUAUAUUAGAGCUGGAAUGCUUGCCCGUGCAGAGACUAUACUGAGAGAAAUGGAAGCUCAGGAAAUCUAUGCAGGUAGAGAAGUGUAUAAGGCACUGCUUAGAGCAUACUCAAUGACCGGAGAUAGUCAAGGGGCUCAGAGGGUUUUCAAUGCAAUCCAAUUGGCAGGCCUCAUUCCCGAUGUCAAGAUUUGUGGGCUUCUCAUAAAUGCUUAUGUCGUGUCAGGCCAAAGCCGUGAAGCUUGCAUUGCAUUUGAAAAUCUGAGACAAGCCGGUCUUGAACCUAACGACAAAUGUGUGGCCUUGGUGCUGAUGGCAUAUGAAAAGGAAAACAGACUGAAAGAAGCAUUAGAUCUACUGAUUGAAUUGGAGAGGGACGGUGUCAUGCUCGGUAAAGAAGCUUCAGCUUUGCUGGCCAAGUGGUUUCAGAAACUAGGGGUUGUCGAAGAAGUGGAACUUGUACUAAGAGAUUUUGCUUCAAGGAUGCCACAACCCGUUAUAUAGUUCAUCGAGUAUUGACAUGUUCGUGAUGAUAAUGAGGGCCAUCCGCAAGAGCAUCAUGUUAGUCAAGAAAUCGGUUGUUCAUUAGGUGGAGAUCCAAGAAAGUACCACCAUUCAAGUGUCCAAUAGUUGAACAUUUUGUAGUUAUUAUUGAAGAAGUUGAAGGACAUUGUAGAUAGAGCAUGCCAUUCAUUUCCCCUAGCAUGAGAUGUGUGGGACAAGUGAUGGCCAUAGCAAAAUAGAAGGUGUGUACAAUUGAAAAAAGUGUUUAACAUGUUUGUGAUAGCGAUCA